GGAGCUCAUUCGGGAAGUAAACAAGCCGCAGCAGCGUGGAGCGCGGAGUGUUUUCAGUCGGCAUCAUGGCGGCGCCAGGUCGAUCCCGGAGGAGGAAAAGCAGGGAGGAGGAGGAGCUGAGCCUUCAUCAUGUGGAUGAAGUGACUGAAGGUCAGAGGAGGAAGAGGAGAAGGUCAGCAGGUCAGCUGGAACAUCUCAACCCUCCUGAGGAAGAGGAGCAGCUCCAGACGAAGGCAAAGAAGAAGAGAGUCACAGGUGAGGAAGAGGAGAUCGUUCUUCCUCCCACUGCUGAACUGAUGCAGGAAGAAGACAAGAAGAAGAAGAAGUCGAAGAAGAAGAAGAGACUCGGGGAGGAAUUUCCUGCUGCUGUUGACCUCAACACUCAGAAGAAGAAGAAGACAGAAGGGAGAGAAGAAGAAAUCAUCUGCCUUCCUCCUGAUGGACCAACACAUGACCACAAGAAGAAGAAAAAGAAGAUGAUGGCAUCACAGCAGGAAGAUGAAGACCACAUGUGCAUCGCCAUAGCAACAAUCUCUCCAGGCCAAGAGGAAGCUCUAGAGGCUGAGCCAACAAACCUCGGCAACAAGAAGGAGAAGAAGAAGAAGAGCAGCAGCGGGACGGGCUCAACUCAGGAAGACACGAAGAAGAAGAACGCAAAACCACAGAAGAAAACGGAGCGAGGAGAUCUGAGCAGCAGCCCAGAAGAAGGGGUGGACUGGGCCCUGGUCCAGGAGCUCCAGGACUUUCUGCCCCACAUCAGGAGGAAAUGCAUGAACCAGAUCAAGAAGAUUUUGAGAAGUGACCUCCAUCGCUUCAGGAAGUUCAGACAGCAAGGUGUUCUGGCCCGUUCGGGUCGGUUCUCUGUGCAGGAGAACCAGCAGAUCAGGGAGAACAUUUCGGACUUCCUGGUUCUGACCGGGAUCGGUUCUGUGGAGAAGCUUCUGUUCCCUCAGAGGUUCGUGGAGGAGCAGGCGGCCAUCAGGAAGCUGAAGAAGCAGCACGGCUUCAUGGAGCGGAUCGCGGAUGGGAUCCCCCGGCCGUGUCACCAGGUCUACCUUCGGGCCUUGAAGAUGUUUGAUGAGAAGAACCACAUGGGCAGGUUCUCCGAGGAGGAGCUGGCGGCGCUGAUCCGGUUUCAUAAUCUCUAUGGCAACAACUGGAAGCUGAUUUCACAGAAGAUGGAACGCAGCGUCUACUCGCUGCAGAAACGCUUCGCUGCACUCGGUGUGGGUCACGGCGUCUGGACCGCCGAGGAGGAACGGCGGCUGAAGCAGGCGGUCAGGGAGCGGCUGGAGAACCGGGCCGGUCCCGACGGAUCCGGUUUGAGCCGAAACCAGCUGAGCCAAAGUCUUCCAUGGAGGGAGAUCAGCCAGGAGGUCGAGACCCGGUCCUGGAUCCAGUGCCGCGGCAAGUGGUUCUUCAUCCUGGAUCAUCGCAUGACGUUUUACGGAAACGUCUUCAACAGAGGAGCUGAGGGUUAUGAAGCCAAAAUCCGCCUCAUCAGCACGUUGUACGACACGUCGGUGGACGACAUCGCUGAUGUCAACUGGGAGGAGGUCGCUGCAGCUGUGGGUGAUGUGACCCCAUGGAGCGUCCAGCGAAUGUUCAACAGACUUAAACAACAUAAAGUUCCACAUUUCCACUCGUUGUCAUUUGGAGAGAUCAUCGACUUCCUGUACCACCGAGUGGUUCCUGUCCUGCAGAAGCGGCUGAGGUCCUUGGACAGGAGGGCGGAGCUACAGGAGCGCUGCAGCCAGGACAGGUACCAGCUGUCGGACAUCUUUAACUCGGACCUGGAAGACGACGGCAAGAUGGACGACAUCUGACCUCUGAUUGUUUGACAAGCCCCGCCCUGUCUGAGAGUGGGAUUGGCUGCAAUCAUGGACAGGAAGUGGACUGUUGGAUGCUUUUAUUUUGAAAUCCUGCAUAUAUUGACCAGAUUUGACUGUUUUGUCACUUUGUGUUUUAAAUGAAAUCAGUUUCACAGCU